AUGUCAAUAUAUGGAGGAUUUGCUACAAGAUAACUUGAAUCUCAAUAUAAUCAAUUAAUACAACUACUUUUAGUCACUCUAAGCAAAAGGUUAUUAAAAUUUUAUAAUAAUGAAGAAUGCAAUGAAGUUGGUUUCAAAAAAGCCAUCUCUUCUACUGUUGGAGGAAUGAAAUAGCUCGAAUUAAGCAAAUAUUUAGAGCCAAAGUUUUCUGAGAGUAUUAAACCUUUAGAGGAUUACUUAUACAAACCGAAAGAAUAUUUAAAACAAACUUAACUCAUUUUAAAAAACAAUUUCUCGUAGGGUUCAGAUAUUAGUAUGAUUCGUUAAAAUGAAUAAAUUAUCACUCCAAUAUCUUCAACAAAAUUAAGAAAGAGAAUACAUAGCAUCAGUUUAACAAAAAGAAAAGAAAUUGAAUUUCGAUAAUAAUUAUUGCAGUUGGAAGAGGAAUAGCAUCCCACAAAUUAUUUUAUUAGAACAAGAAAAUAAUUAUGA